UCAGCCGCGAACCAUACCCCCUCCCCCCAGAGGCGAGCUGGGAGCCCUGGAGAAGCUGGGCACCUGGAGGCAGCCCCGACCCUGCGCCCUGCGCGAUGCGGCUCCGGCUCUUCUGCAUCCUGCUGGCCUGGGUGUCGGGAGCCUGGGGCUGGGGCUACUAUGGCUGUGAUGAAGAGCUGGUGGGGCCCCUCUACUAUCGCUCCCUGGGUGCCUCCUCUUACUACAGUUUUUUCACAGCACCCCGCUUUGCACGUCUGCAUGGCAUUAGUGGAUGGUCUCCCCGGAUUGGGGACCCAAAUCCCUGGCUCCAGAUAGAUUUAAUGAAGAAGCACCGCAUCCGAGCCGUGGCCACGCAGGGUUCAUUUAACUCGUGGGACUGGGUCACACGUUACAUGCUGCUCUAUGGCGACCGGGUGGACAGCUGGACUCCUUUCUACCAGCAAGGGCACAACUCGACCUUCUUCGGGAACGUGAAUGAGUCGGCCGUGGUCCGCCACGACCUGCACUACCACUUCACAGCGCGAUACAUCCGCAUCGUUCCCCUGGCCUGGAACCCUCGCGGCAAGAUCGGCCUGCGGCUCGGCCUCUAUGGCUGUCCCUACAAGUCCGACGUGCUCUACUUCGACGGCGACGAUGCCAUCUCCUACCGCUUCCCGCGCGGGUACAGCCGCAGCCUGUGGGACGUGGUCGCCUUCAGCUUCAAGACCGAGGAGAAAGACGGGCUCCUGGUGCACGCCGAGGGCGCCCAGGGCGACUACGUGACGCUCGAGCUCCAGGACGCGCAUUUGCUGCUGCACAUGAGCCUGGGCAGCAGCCCCAUCCAGCCCAGGCCAGGCCACACCACGGUGACUGCUGGGGGCGUCCUCAAUGACCUGCACUGGCAUUAUGUCCGGGUGGACCGAUUCGGCCAGGAUGUGAACUUCACCUUGGAUGGCUACGUGCAGCGCUUCAUACUCAAUGGCGACUUUGAGAGGCUGAAUCUGGACAAUGAGAUGUUCAUAGGGGGCCUGGUGGGCGCCGCCCGGAAGAACCUGGCCUACAGGCACAAUUUCCGGGGCUGUAUAGAGAACGUCAUCUUCAACCGGGUCAACAUUGCAGACCUGGCCGUUCGGCGCCACUCGCGGAUCGCGUUUGAGGGUAAGGUGGCGUUCCGGUGCCUGGACCCCGUUCCUCACCCUGUCCACUUCGGAGGGCCCCACAACUUCCUGCUGGUGCCCGGCUUCCCGCGUCGCGGCCGCCUGGCCGUGUCCUUUCGCUUCCGCACGUGGGACCUCACGGGGCUACUCCUAUUCUCCAGCCUGGGCGACGGGCUGGGCCACGUGGAGCUGAUGCUCAGCGAGGGCCAGGUCAACGUGUCCAUUGCCCAGGCCGGUCGCAAGAAGCUGCAGUUCGCUGCUGGGUUUCGGCUCAACGAUGGCUUCUGGCACGAGGUGAAUUUCGCUGCCCAGGAGAACCACGCGGUCAUUAGCAUCGACGACGUGGAGGGGGCAGAGGUCAGGGUCUCAUACCCACUGCUGAUCCGAACGGGGACCUCAUACUUCUUUGGGGGUUGUCCCAAGCCAGCCAGUCGAUGGGGCUGCCACUCUAACCAGACGGCAUUCCACGGCUGCAUGGAGCUGUUCAAAGUGGAUGGUCAACUGGUCAACCUGACACUGGUGGAGUUCCGGCGGCUCGGGUUCUUCGCCGAGGUCCUCUUUGACACAUGUGGUAUCACUGACAGAUGCAGCCCUAACAUGUGUGAGCAUGAUGGCCGCUGCUACCAGUCCUGGGAUGAUUUCAUCUGCUACUGCGAGCUCACAGGCUACAAGGGCGUGACCUGCCAUGAGCCUUUAUAUAAGGAAUCUUGCGAAGCUUAUCGGCUCAGUGGGAAAUAUUCUGGAAACUUCACCAUUGAUCCUGAUGGCAGCGGCCCCCUGAAGCCAUUCAUGGUGUACUGCGAUAUCCGAGAGAACCGGGCAUGGACCGUGGUGCGGCACGACAGGCUGUGGACCACGCGGGUGACAGGCUCUAGCAUGGAGCGGCCUUUCCUGGGGGCUGUCCAGUACUGGAACGCGUCCUGGGAGGAAGUGGGCGCUCUGGCCAACGCCUCCCAGCAUUGCGAACAGUGGAUCGAAUUCUCCUGCUACAAUUCCCGGCUGCUCAACACGGCAGGAGGCUACCCCUACAGCUUCUGGAUGGGCAGAAACGAGGAGCAGCAUUUCUACUGGGGCGGCUCCCAGCCUGGCAUCCAGCGCUGCGCUUGCGGGCUGGACCGCAGCUGCGUGGACCCCGCCCUGCACUGUAACUGUGAUGCCGACCAGCCGCAGUGGAGAACGGACAAGGGGCUGCUGACCUUUGUGGACCAUUUGCCUGUCACCCAGGUGGUGGUGGGGGACACGAACCGCUCCAACUCUGAGGCCCAGUUCUUCCUGAGGCCUCUGCGCUGCUACGGUGACCGCAAUUCCUGGAACACCAUCUCCUUCCACACGGGGUCCACGCUCCGCUUCCCCCCGAUCCGGGCCAACCACAGCCUCGACGUCUCCUUCUACUUCAGGACCUCGGCUCCCUCUGGCGUCUUCCUGGAGAACAAGGGGGGGCGUUACUGCCAGUUUCGGCGGCCUUACUUGCGGGUGGAACUUAACACCUCCCGGGAUGUGGUCUUUGCAUUCGAUGUGGGCAAUGGGGACGAGAACCUGACAGUGCACUCGGAGGACUUCGAGUUCAACGACGACGAGUGGCAUCUGGUGCGGGCAGAGAUCAACGUGAAGCUGGCCCGGCUGCGCGUGGACCACCGGCCCUGGGUACUGCGGCCAAUGCCCCUGCAGACCUACAUCUGGCUGGAGUAUGACCAGCCCCUCUAUGUCGGAUCUGCGGAGCUUAAGAGACGCCCUUUUGUGGGGUGCUUGAGGGCUAUGCGUCUGAAUGGGGUGACUCUGAACCUGGAGGGUCGUGCCAAUGCCUCGGAGGGCACCUCCCCCAACUGCACAGGCCACUGCGCCCAUCCCCGCUUCCCCUGCUCCCACGGAGGCCGCUGUGUGGAGCGCUACAGCUACUACACGUGUGACUGUGACCUCACGGCGUUUGAUGGGCCAUAUUGCAACCACGACAUCGGCGGGUUCUUCGAGCAGGGCACCUGGAUGCGCUAUAACCUGCAGUCGGCUCUGCGCUCUGCCGCCCGUGAGUUCUCCCACAUGCUCAGCCGCCCGGUGCCCGGCUACGAGCCCGGUUACAUCCCUGGCUAUGACACUCCCGGGUAUGUCCCGGGGUACCACGGCCCCAGGUACCGCCUGCCUGAUUACCCACGGCCCGGCCGGCCCGUGCCGGGGUACCGCGGACCCGUCUACAAUGUCACGGGAGAGGAGGUGUCCUUCAGCUUCAGCACCAGCUCAGCCCCGGCGGUCUUGCUCUAUGUCAGCUCCUUUGUGCGAGACUACAUGGCCGUGCUCAUCAAGGAGGAUGGGACCCUGCAGCUGCGCUACCAGCUGGGCACCAGCCCCUACGUGUACCAGCUCACCACCCGGCCGGUGACUGACGGCCAGCCCCACAGUGUCAACAUCACGCGGGUCUACCGUCAUCUCUUCAUCCAGGUGGACUACUUCCCACUGACCGAACAAAAGUUCUCCUUGCUGGUGGACAGCCAGCUGGACUCACCCAAGGCUUUGUAUCUUGGGCGUGUGAUGGAGACGGGUGCCAUUGACCCGGACAUCCAGCAUUACAACACCCCGGGCUUCUCUGGCUGCCUCUCGGGUGUGCGCUUCAACAACGUGGCUCCACUCAAGACCCACUUCCGGAGCCCACGCCCCAUGACCGAAGAGCUGGCCGAGGCCCUCCGGGUGCAGGGAGAGCUGUCAGAGUCCAAUUGCGGUGCCAUGCCACGGCUGGUCUCAGAGGUGCCACCUGAGCUGGACCCCUGGUAUCUACCCCCAGACUUCCUGUACUACCACGACGACGGAUGGGUGGCCAUACUUCUAGGCUUUUUGGUGGCCUUCUUGCUGCUGGGGCUGGUGGGGAUCCUGGUGCUCUUCUAUCUACAAAAUCAUCGCUACAAGGGCUCUUACCACACCAAUGAGCCCAAGGCCACCCACGAUUACCAACCUGGCGGCAAACCUCCCCCCUCGACUUCAGGGCCUGCCCAGGCGCCCACUCCUACACCAGCUCCCACACAAGUUCCAGGCCCUGCCCAGGCCCCAACCCCGGCCCCGGCCCCAGCCCCAGCCCCAGCUCCAGCCCCAGUUCUAGUCCCUCGGGAACAGAACCUUCCACAGAUCCUGGAGGAGUCCAGGUCUGAAUGA